AUGGUGCUCUGUGAGGUUGAAGUGUCCGUGUGGUUUGACCGUUUCAGCUUUUCGAAGACUCAGAGGAACUUGGACAUUUUGUACAAUCACAACAGCGGCCUCUUUGAUGAGGAUGGGGGGGCGUGCCCAUCCUGGUUCCUCCUGAAGUCCAUAAUGAGCUCCUUUGUUUUGCUGACAUUGAUGGGAUUGUUUACCACAUCGUCAGAAUGCCUUCCUCGUCCCUCGGCUGCAGAGAAGGAGGCCAUUAAGAACACCUACACCAAGAUGAUGGACGCCUAUGGGAUUCUGGGAGUCCUACGCCUCAACCUGGGUGAUUCCAUGCUCCACAGCUUGGUAGUAGCAGCAGGCUGUAGCUCCGUAGGGAAGGUGCAGGACUCUGAGGUGUUCCGGGUCACGUCUACAGAGUUUGUUUCUCUGAAGAACGACCCGAGUGACGAGGACCGCAUCACUGACGUCAGGAAAGUCCUGAACUCUGGGAAUUUUUAUUUUGCUUGGUCCUCUAGCGGCAUCAGCAUGGACCUCAGCCUCAACGCUCACCGCCGGAUCAAAGAGGACACGACAGACAACCGCUUCUUCUGGAACCAGUCCCUUCACCUUCACCUAAAGCACUACGGUGUGAACUGUGAUGACUGGUUGUUGAGGUUGAUGUGCGGCGGGGUGGAGAUCAGGACGAUCUACGCAGGUCACAAACAGGCCAAGGCCUGCGUCAUCUCCCGCCUCAGCUCAGAGAGGGCCGGGACGCGCUUCAACGUCCGAGGGGCCAACGAUGACGGACAGGUGGCCAACUUCGUAGAGACUGAACAGGUUGGUCUC